CUUGCUGCCAUCUGCUGCCACUGCUCCUCCAUAUCACAAUAUCACAUGAUGCUGCAUUAUUUCCUGUUCUGGACAGGUCUCUUUCUGUUGUUUACAAAUGGUGAAAGAGGGUUUUAUGGGAAUCAGUUUGGCGAAUGGAAUGAUUCUCAUCUGCAGCCCACCAUACAGAUGUUGAUGAAAGGCUACAACCGCUACUUAAGGCCAAACUUUCACGAGGGCCCAGUUGAAAUCGGAAUGAGUCUGGAUAUUGCCAGCAUUGAUGCCAUCUCUGAGAUCAACAUGGAUUACACAGCUACCAUUUUUCUAAGGCAACGAUGGCGAGAUUCCCGGCUGGUAUUCCCUGGAAAUGAAAGUCUAAGUCUGGAUGGCCGGCUGGUUUCCCUGCUGUGGAUUCCUGAUACGUUCAUCCCUGAUUCUAAACGUUCCUUCCUCCAUGAUGUCACUGUGGAGAACCGACUGAUCCGUAUCUUCAGCAAUGGAACUGUGCUCUACGCUCUGCGCAUAACAGCAACCAUCGCCUGCAACAUGGACCUCACCAAGUAUCCAAUGGAUAGACAAGAAUGUACCUUGCAGCUAGAAAGCUGGGGCUAUAAUUUACAGGAUGUGGUGUUUUAUUGGACUCGAGGGAAUGACUCAGUGAAGGGGUUAGAUACACUGCGUCUGGCGCAGUACAGUGUAGAGAGCUACUACACAACUGUAUCUGAGGCAGUGUAUGAAACCGGUUUUUACCCGAAGCUAGUGCUGCACUUUGCUUUGCGCAGAAAUGUCCUCUUCUUCAUUUUGGAGACAUAUGUGCCCUCAACACUACUGGUCGUUCUUUCAUGGGUGUCUUUCUGGAUCAGUCAGUCAUCUGUACCAGCUCGCACCUGCAUCGGAGUGACCACCGUUCUAACAAUGACCACACUAAUGAUGGGUGCCAGGACCUCACUGCCCAAUGCCAACUGCUUCAUUAAGGCCAUUGAUGUCUAUCUUGGUAUCUGUUUCACCUUCAUCUUUGGAGCUCUGGUGGAAUAUGCCUGUGCUCAUUUCUGCACCAUGCAGCACCAGACCAUUGUAGAUGUGCAAAGGGAACUCCUGAAAGAAUUUGAGGAGUCAAACGGUACAACCCGUUUUGUCAGUUCACCCAAAAAGAUGCCGACACAAGAAUCCACCCAGCAAGAGUCAACUGACCAAUCUGUGAUAUGUGAAAGAGAGAAGUCAAAGAAGCAAGAGAAGGGGUGCAGUUUGUCAUCUGUAAAGCAAAUGUCUCGCAGAGCCACAUCCAUGAUGAGUGUUGAGAAUCCUCACAACAUCGACAGACAUGCACGCAUACUGUUCCCCAUGGCAUUUCUCCUCAUCAACAUCUUCUACUGGCUGUAUUACCUUUUAUUCUAAUGGACAGAGAACUCUACCUUUACCAUUUCCAUAAAUUAUCUGAGUAUUACACAAUUGACAGAAAAAGU